UCAGUGCGAAACGUCACCUUUCGGCAAGUUGGUCGCCGUGUGUGUUUUUGGCUGAAUUGUUGUGCCAUUUCCAUUGCACAGAUUGCCAGUUUUCUACUAAAAAUUUCCCUAGCAAAAGACCUCCCACAGGGACGUAACCGGCCAGAAAAUGCCUCCAAAGAAAGCACCUUCAACCUCGAAGAAGACGGAAGCGAAGAAAAAGGAGAAAAUCAUUGAGGAUAAAACGUUCGGGUUGAAAAACAAAAAAGGAGCCAAGCAGCAAAAGUUCAUUUCGCAGGUAGAGAAGCAGGUCAAGAGUGGUGGCCAACAUAACCUUGCCACGGCCACCAAUGCCAAGAAGGAGGAAAAGGAGAAGAAGCUGAAGGAGCAGAAGGAGCUGGCCAAGCUGUUCAAGCCGGUCGCGACGCAGAAACUGGAAGCGGGCGCUGAUCCCAAGUCGGUGCUGUGCGCCUUCUUCAAGCAGGGCACCUGCACGAAGGGGGACAAGUGCAAGUUUUCGCACGACCCGGCGGUGGAGCGCAAGUCGGAGAAGCGAUCGAUACACGUCGACAUACGCGAUGCCGAUGUAAACGAUACGAUCGAGAACUGGUCCGAGGAGAAGCUGGCCGAGGUGGUGGCCAAAAAGCACGGCAAAGAGAAAACGAUGCCGACGACCACUAUCAUCUGCAAAUACUUCCUCGACGCGGUCGAACGUUCGCUGUACGGCUGGUUCUGGGAGUGCCCGAAUGGCGAGAAGUGUAUCUACCGCCACGCCCUGCCGCCCGGCUACGUGCUGAAGAAGGACAAAAAGAAGGCCGAAUCACAGAAGGAGGAGAUAUCGCUGGUCGAUCUGAUUGAGCGCGAGCGGGCGGCACUCGGGCCGAGCCAGACGCGCGUCACGCUCGAAUCGUUCCUGGCGUGGAAGAAGCGCAAGCUGCAGGAGAAGAAGGACAAGCUGCAGAAGGAGGAGGAGCGCAAGCUGAAGGACUUCAAGGCCGGCCGGCAGAACGGACUGUCCGGUAGGGAGAUGUUCAGCUUCAAUCCGGACCUGAUCGACGACGGCACGGACGAUGGCGAGGCGGUCGAGUCGUACGGCCGCAACGAGGACGAUGACGAUGCAACCGAAUACAGGGAGCUGGAUUUGAACAUGCUCAGUCUCAACAUCAAGGACGUCGAUAACACUGGCACGGUCGCUGAAACGGAUCGAUGGGAAAAGAUGGCAGCGGAAGCGGCCAGUCGAACUGCUGCCGACGCUACCGCCGCUGAGGGCGAUGCCGACGGGGCGGCUGCAAACGAUGCGGCACCGAUCAACGAGAACCUGUUCCUCGAAGAAGACCUCGAAGGAUUGGACGACGACCUAAGCGAUGACGAUGACGACGAGGACGAAAACAAUGGCGGUGGAACUUCGAACGAGGCGAGUGAAAAAUCGUGAUAAGAUACCGCUAGCGAACCACGCUCACACCGUUUCAUGCAAAACAAAUAGAGAGAGAUAGAGAGAGAGGGCAGCCUACUAGAUCCUUCUAGAGUGCACAACGUCGUCGUUAGGGUUCUGUUUUUUUGUCGCCACUCUCCCGAAUGUUUCCGCCUCUUUUUUAAUUAAAAGCAUAAAGUGUAAUAAAGAUAAAUUGUUCACAUAUGGCUUCUAUAACUAUUAAA